AUGAGUCAACGGUUUAGUAAGAGGCUUGAACGCAGCCUCCAGAGAACGAGCAUCCUGCAGAAAGAGUGUCUGGGCCUGCGCUUCACCUGGAUCCACUCCGUCUUCGAUAAUUUCCCCUCGCUGCUGAAUUUUGCCGUGAAACUUCAGUGUGCGACGGGGCUUUGUCCACACGACCUGGAAGACUACGGCUGCUCCUGCAGACACGUGGCGUCUGGAAACCCCGUGGAUCCUCUGGACAUCUGCUGCGAGAGCCACAGACGGUGUUACCAGGACGCUGCCCCCUGCAGGCAGGUGCUGCCGCGCCUCCCAAACAACGUCACCUGUCCGGCUGCAAACAGCAGCUGUGAGGCUCCGUCUGCAGUGAGCGACUCUGUGAGCGUCCAGCUCCACAACUCUACAGCAGUGGAUUUUGAGGAAAGUGAAGGUGGCGCCGAGGAGGAGACGACUCACCUGAGUUUCAUCUCCAAAGGUCAAACAGUCACAUCACUCGCCGUCUCGUUUCCCAUGAUCCUCGCUGCUGAGGCUCUCUUUCUGCCAGACCCCUAUUUGAAUGAGACGGUGACAGAGGAAGCACUCGAGCAGGAAGAGAUGAACGUGGAUCCUGCAUCCCACAGUCCUCCAGCAUCCAGCCUGGGUUUAGUUGUCACCACUUCAUCACUGACGUCAGCAAAAUCACCAAACGGCCCAAAGGCAGAAAAAACCACGACGGCGACGCCAGAAUCAUCUGAGGAAGACGGGAAAGAGGAGAAGGAGGAGGAGGAGGAGGAGGACAGUGAUGAAGGAGAGCAGGGAGCUUCAGAUGAGCACGCUCGAGUGACGUCACGGGGUCGUACGAUAUCAAAUCAUUUCAUUAGCAAACACGACGUCGUCAAACUGCAGCAAAUCUUGUUUUUCUUCCUCAGUCAAAGAUAUUUCUACAACUUCGUCUACGACCGUAAACACCGAGACAACAUGGACACAGUCGACGACGACCGUGAGAGGAAGCACGACGCCUUCGACUGCGAAGACGACAGCAGCUUCUCCAACAGGUUCGUCACACGUGGAGGAGUCGUCAGCUCCACGUCGACACCGGCUUCACCUCCAGCUUCACAGGGAGGACAGCAGAGCGGCGCCGAGGACAAGCCCACGUCCCAGAGGACGAAUGAAGGUCCACAGGUCACGAGCGGCACCGCCGUCCCCCCCACAGCUCCCGGUGCAUCAUGGGAGCGGGACCUCACUCCCCCGCCUGCUGCUCCUCUCGCUGCCCUCAGUCCAGGUCGAGCGACACCAACGUCAUCGACUUCAGCGAGGACCGUCGCCGUGACGACACCAGGAAGACGAGUCACCUCCGUCGGACCCCGGUCAGAGAUCACCGCGUCCAAAACCACCACAAAACCAACCCCGCUCACCACAGCUGAGUCCGAGGAAGAAGAGACGGACGAGCCUCGGAGUGUGGACGGAGACGUGAGGGACAGCUCCCAGGAGACAGACACACACGAUGUGGCUCAGAAGAGGACGGUGCCGUUCUUCGCCUGGUCUCUGCUGGAGUCUGUUGGACUGAGCGACUUACAACUACAAGCAGACAGCAAAGAAUGCAGUCGCCCCUUCACGCUGUACGGCGGCGACGGUCGAGCCAGGCGGGAGAUGCCGGCGCUGGGGGACAUGCUCCAGUGUCUGACGGGACGAUGUCCACACGAGUACGAGAUGUACGGCUGCUACUGUGGCCAGGAGGCCGGAGGGACGCCCCUGGACCAGCUGGACAGGUGUUGCUUCUUCCAUCACUGCUGCCUGAAGCAGAUCCGCUCCAUGGGCUGCAGGUCGGACAGGAAGCUCAGCGCUCGCGUUUCCUGUGCGAACAGGAAGCCACAAUGUCAGGGCGUCACUGUGUGCGACAAACUUCAGUGUGUGUGCGACAAGACCACGGCAGAGUGUAUGGCGGCGGCGCACUUCAACCACAGCCUGCCCACGCAGCAGUGCGGCGGACCGGCGCCCCCCUGUCGCCGGGCCAGCAGACCCCCCAAGCCACAGCUUUCUCCUCAGUCCAGCGAGGAGAGCGAGGAAGGGGGGGGAGGACGCUCUGAUGCUGAGCCCCUGAAGGAGCAGCAACCCACACAGGACGCAUCGGCCGAUAAGAACACGCCUCCUCCACGCCACGUUCAAAACAGCGAUGAAAGUUCGGACCAGAAGGACGAGGAGAGGUUGACUCCUUCCGUCGAGCCGGCUCCACCUCCUCCUCCCCCUCCUCCUCCUCCACCUCCUCCACCUCUCUCUCCUGACUCCAGUGACGAGAGCCGAGAGACACAGACACUCAGUGGGAUUCAAACCCAAAACCACCGGCCAAGUCCAGAGCAGAGCCACGCACACCGGCCAUCAACGAAACCAGAGGAGAGAGGGGAAGAGAAAAAGGGGGAGGAGGAGGAGGAGGAGGAAGAGGGGUAAGAUGAGGAGGAGGAGGAACAGAAGGAG